AUGUCUAUCUUCCUGAUAUUCUAUGCCCUUGGUAAUCUGCAAAAUGUUUCAUGGGGAACGCGCGAGACCGAAGCUGAACUGGUGGCAAAGGCGAAAAACGAGGAAAUGGCCGAGAUUAAAAUAAAGGCUGAAACUUCGAAUCCAAGGAAAUUAAGUACAAUAGAUCGAGUUCACAAUUUCUUCGCUACUAGUGAAAAAAGUAAAAAGGGCGAAAUGGAAUCAGAAUACAAUUUCUCUUGUGGGAAUAUCUUCCGCUGUUUGUGCUUCCCGAAAGAAAAAUCCUUAAAUAAAGACGAUCUGCUCGAGCCCCUGAUAAAAAGAUUCGAUGAAAUCGUUCAAAUGCAUUCAUUGGAGUUGGCUAAUAUGAAAACUUGCGAAGAGGCCGAAGCACCAGACCAAAAUGGCGAAAUCAAAGAAGACAAGAAAAAACCAGAAGCCAAAGAUAAUGUUUCCUCGUCAAAUGGUGAGUACGACAUAUUUUCGUUUGUCUCUUGA